AUUUGAGGUUUAUUGAUGUCAGAGAUGAAUGCCAAGUUUGCCAACUUCUAACUUUUGUCGAAGGUCAAGACAUUAGAUGGAUUGGUUAUAAGGUGUCAAUAGGCUACCAUUUGUAGGGAGUGAGAGGGAUAAGUUUCGUUCGUUACCAAACCAUCUUUUAUUUUCGAUUUGGACAAAAUUGGGAAGCUGGCAUCCAUUUCUUCAUUCAACAUACCUAAAUCUAAUGAGUUAAUAUAUCCAAUCCAGUGUAAUUCUUGGCACCAAACUUGUGGUCAUGAAGCAUUCACCUGUGCUUGGAUUAGAAGGGAUAUGUUUCCUUCAAUUCCCUCAUUAAUAAAAUCAUUCACAUCUACCUUUAACCUUGAAACUUAUUUGUUGCCACUCCAUUCCAAUCCCAGGCAUCAAAUGAACCCUAAGUUCAAAGGUAGGUUGCAGUAGGGAUAAUUGAGCCCUAAAUGUAAGGUACGGUAGUACCAUCAACACUGGUUUUGGAUACUAAUACCAUACAAAUAUCUUCGGUUUGGUAAAAUUAACGUAUCAUUCUCGUUUGGCACAAAAUUGGUAUGGUCAUGGUAUGGUUAGGUAGAAUGGCAAAAAAUUCCACUCCUUACCGCAUCCAGUCCAAACUUCUCUCCAGAUGUGCAAAUGCAAAGUGUCCAUAAUAUCUUUUAAUCCAAUCAAAAUAUUUGCUUCCCCAGGCUACCUUCUUAAACAUUAUCUCUUUAUCCUUUCCCUUUUCUCACUAUUAAUCAUAUAUUAUAUGAAUAAUAUGAUUAAUAGACAGAGACAAAAUGGCUAGAGACAAAAAAUGUGAUGCAUAAAAAAGGGAGAGAGAAGUAGAAUCAUCAACUGUUCAGCUUCCUGGAUGACCUAAUUUGUUGCCUUAACUGGAUGAGUUUAUGUAAGCCAAAGCCAGUGGUGGAGUUCCCACAAACUAGUGGAGUUUAUGUAAGAGGUCUCAUUUUUCCCUUUUCCCCAACUCUUUUGCCACCCGGUUCUCGUAUAUAAGGGUUUAGCUUCUCUUGGUUUGUCACACCAAUGAUGGCUUGUCAAGCAGCCAUGGACGGAGAGAAACUGCGUAAAGGUCUGUGGCUCGAAGAGGAAGAUGAACUACUCACCACCUUUGUAAACCUUAAGGGGAAUCGGAGGUGGGAUGCAUUAGCUAAGGAAUCAGGUCUAAGGAGGAGUGGUAGGAGUUGCAGGAUGCGGUGGUUGAACUAUCUCCACCCAAACGUUAAGCAUGGCCAGAUUACCAUCAUAGAAGAGAAAACCAUUCUCCAACUUCAUCAACGUUGGGGUAACAAGUGGUCGAAGAUUGCCCGAGCGCUGCCAGGAAGAACCGAUAAUGAGAUCAAGAAUUACUGGAGAACUCAUUUAAAGAAGAAAACACAGAUUCCAGAUGGAAAUUUCCAAUGUACAUUGAACAAAAAUGGACGAGGUCUUUUCUGCCAGGAAGGUGAUAUGAAUAAUGAAAAAUACGACUUCGAUCAAGACCAUGACUCCGUUAAGAAUUCAUGGGAAACCAAGGUUACUAGCUCUGAUGAUCUUUGUUUAUCAGACUUUGCAGUGACAAAUUCUCCAUAUGAAACCCAGUUAUCAGAUUGGAUAUCUGAGCUAUCAAGUGAACAAAAUGGAACAGCCUAUAAUCAGGACUGUAAUAGCGUCGAGUCCGAUUUAUGUCAUCUGACAUGGACUCCGGAUGAUAGUGAUACAUGGGACUGUCCAAGUUUUCUCUGGGACAUGAAUUAACAGAAACUCAAUAGUGUGAAAUGUGGAUCGAAUGAACGUCAAAGAAUCAUACUACAAUGCAUUUCUUCCUUUCCAGCUCCAUCAAGUGAAGUUUGGCAUUUCUUCUGGGAAGCAAAUACGGCCGCUGAUGAUGGCUUAACAAAUACUCUUGGGACAAAGUAUGGACGGUGAAUAGCUUUUGUACGCUCAUCUACCUAGAACAGUGGGAUCUACUUUGAUAAGUUAGGUAGAGUUCACUGUAAUGUACUUGAUGAAGCUUUUCAAAACUGUAAUUUGUAAUGGCAUACAUUGGAUGUACAAUCAUCUCAGUUAAAUUUGAAUUGUCUUCCCUCGUCUUA